AUGGCCGUUCCCCCCUUUCCAAACCCUCCUGCUGUCCUCUCCUCCACUGAGGUGAGUCCUAUUCUCAUGCACACACACACACACACCUAGCUACACACAUACACUCCUAUGACCGAAUGGUCAUCCAAAAGCUGAUGAUCAGAUAUGUUAUGCGAAAGCAUCUGCUCAGGCCUAAACACAAACGCACCUCCAAAAGCAACAAAACAAUAACUGAAAUCUAUCAGAAAUCGUCAGCCCUUGGUCCAAAAUGGACCCUUCUUAUCCAAAACAUGCAUGUUUUUUUGUUGCACAUAUCUGAUCAGUGCACUUAUCUGGAGAUAUGAACUCAAUUGGAAGGAAUGGCAGUGCAGUCGACAACUUUCUACUUUGAAUGUGUUGACUCAAUGUAUCAUCAUCACCACCACCACCACCAUCAUCAUCAUCACCACCACCACCAUCAUCAUCAUCAUCAUCAUGACCAUCAUCAUCAUCAUCAUCAUCAUCAUGACCAUCAUCAUCACCACCACCAUCAUCAUCAUGACCAUCAUCAUCAUCAUCACCACCACCAUCAUCAUCAUGACAUCAUCAUCAUCAUCAUCAUCAUGACCAUCAUCAUCACCACCACCAUCAUCAUCAUCACCAUCACAAUCAUCAUCAUCAUUAUUGUUAUCCCAGACUCAUCCCCCCAAAUCAACAGCAGCAGCGGUGGUAGUGGCUCCGGCCCCCACAGAGAAGCCCCAACCCCCAGAGAGUCUGGCCCUCAGCAGGGGACCCCUGGAGGCCUCCAUCUCCAUCAGCAAGGUAAGAGUCUCCACUCCACCACGCUCUGUUACCUGUCCUAAAACUGACAGAUAAAGGGAGGGACUACCUGGACUUGUCCAAUAAGAAACGCUUUUUUUCUUUUUCUGUUGCAAAGAAAAGAAACCCUGUUUUGCUACAUUUUGCAUAUACUUAUGAAUACGAACCUGAUGUUGGAUUGAAGUGUUACGUCUAGCUGUCUUUUUAAUAAAUGUUCUGCUCAGUGUCUUGGCAAUUCUGUUGCUCUGACCUGUAUUUCUCUCACUCUCUCUCUCUCUCUUUCUCUGCCUCUCGCUCACACACGCACACACAGGUGAAUCCCAGUGUUGGGUCCAGUGGGAACACAGCUACGGAGUUUGUGUCCAGAGAAGCGACACUCAAGAUCCUCAGAGAGGGAGAGACUUCCUCAAAGGUCAGCCCAUGUGUUACUUCCUCUUUGCACCCUACAAGUCCCUACCAGCCUGAGGAGCCUCCGUGUGUCCAGGCAACAAGCCACUGAGUUGUUUACUGACUUGAUUUCUCAGGUCUAAAUUAGUUGAGCAACUUAAAAGUCAAGCAUGAACACCAGGCAGUCAUUGCAAACCCCUAACAUGAACACCAGGCCAGCUCAUUGCCCAAACCCCUAAAAUGAACACCAGGCAGUCACCUACACCCUAACAUGAACCCCAGGCAGUCACCUUUGAACCCCUAACAUGAACCCAGGCAGUCACCUUUACACCCCUAAACAUGAACACCAGGCAGUCACCCUUUACACCCCUAACAUGAACACCAGGCAGUCACCUUUUACACCCCCUAACAUGAACACCAGGCAGUCACCUUACACCCCUAACAUGAACACCAGGCAGUCACCUUUACACCCCUAACAUGAACACCAGGCAGUCACCUUUACACCCCUAACAUGAACACCAGGCAGUCACCUUUACACCCCUAACAUGAACACCAGGCAGUCACCUUUACACCCCUAACAUGAACACCAGGCAGUCAUUGCACAAACCAAAACAAAUGCACUUUCCUUUUGAAGUUUUCCAGGGUGAUGAAUUCAAACCUGUGACCUGUAUUCUUCUGACCUAGUGUGUGUGUGUGUGUGUGUGUUGUGUGUGUGUUCAUGCUUGUAACUCUUGUUUGUGCUCUCUGCAGAAGCUCAAGGCCUCAGAGAAGGAGGCGGCUGAGUCUUCGGAGAGUGUGACUGUGCCAGCUGCCAAGACCCCUCUGGAGCAGGUGAGCAUGACAGUGGAUUUGGGUUACCUCUAUCCCUAACACUCCAUGUAGUGCAAUGGAAGGUAGAAUGAAUCAGAGCGACCUCACAGUAUCAGACAACUUGUGUUUAAUAUUUAACAGUAAAAUGCAUUAUUCAGUUAAUCGCAGCUAUUUUAAAGAUCUGGUAAAAUAUUGAAUGAUAUUUAUGUUUCUGUUGUGUUUUGCCGUGUGUGUGCGUGUGUGCGUGUGUGUGUGUGUGUGUGCGUGAAGCAGCUGACUGAGCCAAUCCCACUCAGGGUUGGCAUAAAAACCGGCUACCCAUUGAGUGCCGUUAACGUCAUCCAUCAACCAGUGUCUGAAAUGGCAAUGCCAGUGUGCCCCAGCCCAUGUGCGGACACCGAACCCAGGACAGGGGUAUGCUGAUGACUUUCAGAUCUCCUCCAGAGAGGAGCAUGUUAUCAAAGACAUGCUUUCUCGCACAGAUGACUUUUUGAAAUGGUCUGGGCAGGAAGUGAAAGACACUAAAUAUGCAGUGUUCUAUGAAAGAUGCAGCGGAGGUAAGCGCUGGUACAAGUCUAGAACUGAUAAGCCCCCAACAUUUACACUAACGAAUAAACCAAUCAGAGUUUACUCUCGUCACGAAACAUAUAGUUAUCUUGGACAGAAGUUUAAUGUUGCUGGCGAGUGGGGGGAACAAGUUGAGGAGCUCGUCCAUGAGUAUUCAACCAGGCUUGAUAUGAUUGACAUUUCCCCUCUGCCUGUGGUCAUGAAGCUAGAAGCUGUGAGAGAGGUGGCCCUAGCAAAGAUUCAACAUCUGCUUGCAAAUGUGCAAAUCCCACAGAAGGUUCUGAGGGAAAUGAAUAACAAAACUGUUCAAGUGGUGAGAAAGUGGCUAUGCUUAAACACACACACCACACGUGAUGUUGUCUUCCUGAGCCAAAGAGAGGGGCGUUUAGAAGUCCCGAAUAUUGAGUGGUUUGCACUGCUACCAGACUGAUUCACCUGUUGAACAUGCUCAACAGUGACGAUGUGACAGUUAGGGAGUUAGCCAGAGUCUCCCUCCUUCUGGACCUACAGGGGAGGAAGGUUCCACUGGCCAGGGACACUGAGGACAACUUCCUGGGCUUCAGGAGGAAGGCCAAUGGAAAAUUGGACACACUUGCUGCGGGCUUUGGAGUCUGGUCAGACUGGCCGGACCUCAAUGACCUGUGCAACCGGACUGGAGUGGAGCUCAGGUGGACACGGUGCAAACUGAGCCAGUGACUGCCUCUGUGUAGUCCCCUGUAGCUCAGUUGGUAGAGCAUGGCGCUUGCAACGCCAGGGUUGUGGGUUCGUUUCCCAUGGGGGGCCAGUAUGAAAAUGUAUGCACUCACUAACUGUAAGUCGCUCUGGAUAAGAGCGUCUGCUAAAUGAGUAAAAUGUAAAAAUUGCAGUUGUGGCAGAUUGCGGUGUUGUUGUGGAGGCUUCUGUCACCCAUGGUGGAACAUCUCAUCCUACAUCCAUGACAACACUCCUUGGUAUCAGACGGAUGCAGCUACUGCAACACUGAACUGGCCUGAGGCUGCAGGGGAAACUCUCUGCUCUGGACUGUGCUGUCCACUCUGUCUCCCAUUCCAUAUACCAGAAUGCUGCCAUUGGCGAAGACAUUCUCACCUUUACUGUUAAGGGGAGGCUGCAAGUUCUACCAACAAAAUAUAAUCUAGCACUCUGGUACCCUGCAAACCAUGACCCAUUUUGUAUUCUACAUGAGUCAAAUGUAAUGUAGUCCAUUGCCCAUGUUGUGAAUGGCUGCUGUUUUGUACAUUGCUAGACAUGACCGCCUUGUUGACCUGAUAGCCAGCGAGGUGAGACAACAGGUCUCACCAACAGCACACAUGCAGAAACAUUCUUGUGUAAGAGGAAGCUGGUUUGAUGUUGAUGAUGAUGUGUUUUCCUGUGUGCCAAAUACGCCAGAUAUUGUUAUUGUGGGGGGAGGCCAGGGGGAGGGGCUCAUUUUGGAAGUGGGCUGCUCAUUUGACGGCUACAUGGAGCAGGCCUUUGCCGAGAAGCUGCUUAAAUACCAGCCCCUCAUGGCAUGCUUGGACAGCCUUGGGUGUAGGUGCAAGCUGGUGGCACUGAUAUUUGGAGGUCUCGGCCACGUACACAGGCUUGCAGUGCGUGGCCUCCAGAUUGCAGGCCUGACAGGAACUAGGGCAAAGCAAUUGGCUAGGUACUGCUCUGUUUCAGCUGUCGUGGGCAGAAGAAGGAGAAGGAGGUGCUUUCUGUACCCUUGAGUGCCAUGCAUACAGGGACCUUUGAAAUGUUUGGAUCCUUUUUUUGUCACUUUGAUUGGUGGAUUCAAAUAAAGUAUUUAAAAUGUGUGUGUGUGUGUGUGUGUGUGCGCAGACUGCAAGCCUGUCCAAAACCUGUCGGCUCUCCAUUAAGCUGCCUGUGGUGAGCUCUGUGGAAGGGGGGCUGGUGUCCCCCCCUGCCUCCUCCCUGCCUUCCUCCUGCACCAGCCCAGACUUUGAGUACUGCAGCAAAGGUAUGGACCCACACUCACAACUAGCAGGCCAUUUACAGGGCUAGGGACCCAGUGAGCACAAGAUGUUGAAAAUACGUAUUUUCAACGUCUUGUGCUCACUGGGGAAGAACUGUUUUACUCAAUAUCAGCUGUCUAUUAAUUUAUCUAUUAAAUUCUUUGUGCAGAAAGUUGUGAAUCGACACCUGUUUAUGUGUGUUAUACAGUAUAUUCCAUAAUAUUAAUUAUAAAGGAGACAACCAACAAUAUAAACUCUCUUGCCUUGAGGUUUAAUAACAGAAACUCUCUUUAUCUCUCCUCCCUCUACCUAUGCUGUAGACCCAGCCACGUGCCCUAUCGUUCCAGGCCAGGAGAUAGUCAUAGAGAUCGCCAAGGGUCGCUCUGGCCUGGGCCUCAGCAUCGUAGGAGGCAAAGACACCCAGCUGGUAAGACUGCUAGCCCUGCUCAGGGCCGACCAUGUUGACCAUGACAGGUUACGUCAACUUGUCUCCAUCUCAGCCAGAGGUGAGAGCCACAGCCGCACUGCAGAGUAGCCUAGCUCUCUCUCUCUCUCUCUCUCUCUCUCUCUCUCUCUCUCUCUCUCAGUUUCCUUAGAACACACAGCAGCAGCUACUGCCAUUUAAUUGAAUGAUCUGUAGCCAUGUUGCCCAAGGACAGCAUAGAAACAUACAUUCAUUAUGUUUCCACUGAUCUUUCAAGAGGCUUUCAGUCCAGUUAGAAGACAUAUAGCCUAGCUUUGAUCACCUCUACCUUUGUCUCUCUCUCUCUCUCUCUCUCUCUCUCUCUCUCUCUCUCUCUCUCUUUAGGAUGCCAUAGUGAUCCAUGAGGUGUAUGAGGAGGGGGCGGCGGCACGCGAUGGACGACUCUGGGCUGGAGAUCAGAUCCUGGAGGUUAGUCUCGCUCUUUCUUUCUUUCUCUCUCUCUCGCUUUCUCUCUCUCUCCCUCUGUUUCGCUCUCUCUUUCCCUAUCGCUCGCUCUCGCUCUCUCUCUUUCUCUAUCGCUCUCUGUCCCUCUAUCUGUCUCUCUCUCUCAAUGCAAUUCAAUUCAAUAAAUGCUUUAUUGGCAUGAAUGGUGGUUGUCAUUGUUGCCAAAGCAAUGUACAGUUGAAGUCGGAAGUUUACAUACACCUUAGCCAAAUACAUUUAAACUCAGUUUUCCACAAUUCCUGACAUUUAAUCCUAGUAAACAUUCCCAGUCUUAGGUCAGUUAGGAUCACCACUUUAUUUUAAGAAUGUGAAAUGUCAGAAUAAUAGUAGAGAGAAUUAUUUAUUUCAGCUUUUAUUUCUUUCAUCACAUUCCCAGUCGGUCAGAAGUUUACAUACACUCAAUUAGUAUUUGGUAGCAUUGCCUUUAAAUUGUUUAACUUGGGUCAAACGUUUGGGGUAGCCUUCCACAAGCUUCCCACAAUAAGUUAGGUGAAUCUUGGCCCAUUCCUCCUGACAGAGCUGGUGUAACUGAGUCAGGUUUGUAGGCCUCCUUGCUCACACACGCUUUUUCAGUUCUGCCCACACAUUUUCUAUGCGGUCAUUGUCCAUUUGGAAGACCCAUUUGCGACCAAGCUUUAACUUCCUGACUGAUGUCUUGAGAUGUUGCUUCAAUAUAUCCACAUAAUUUUCCUUCCUCAUGAUGCCAUCUAUUUUGUGAAGUGCACCAGUCCCUCCUGCAGCAAAGCACCCCCAAAACAUGAUGCUGCUUCAUGGUUGGGAUGGUGUUCUUCGGUUUGCAAGCUACCCCCUUUUUCCUCCAAACAUAACAAUGGUCAUUAUGGCCAAACAGUUCUAUUUUUGUUUUAUCAGACCAGAGGACAUUUCUCCAAAAAGUACGAUCUUUGUCCCCAUGUGCAGUUGCAAACCGUAGUCUGGCUUUAUUAUGGCGGUUUUGGAGCAGUGGCUUCUUCCUUGCUGAGCGGCCUUUCAGGUUAUGUCGAUAUAGGACUCGUUUUGCUGUGGAUAUAGAUACUUUUGUACCUGUUUCCUCCAGCAUCUUCACAAGGUCCUUUGCUGUUGUUCUGGGAUUGAUUUGCAAUUGUCUUGGCUGAUUUAUUUUGAUUUUCCCAUGAUGUCAAGCAAAGAGGCACUGAGUUUGAAGGUAGACCUUGAAAUACAUCCACAGGUACACCUCCAAUUGACUCAAAUGAUGUCAAUUAGCCUAUCAGAAGCUUCUAAAGCCAUGACAUCAUUUUCUGGACUUUUCCAAGCUGUUUAAAGGCACAGUCAACUUGGUGUAUGUAAACUACUGACAUUUACAUUGACAUUUAAGUCAUUUAGCAGACGGUCUUACCCAGAGCGACUUACAACUGACCCACUGGAAUUGUGAUACAGUGAAUUAUAAGUGAAAUAAUCUGUCUGUAAACAAUUGUUGGAAAAAUUACUUGUGUCAUCCACAAAGUAGAUGUCCUAACCGACUUGCCAAAACUAUAGUUUGUUAACAAGAAAUGUGUUGAGUGGUCAUUAAAACAAGUUUUAAUGACUCCAACCUAAGUGUAUGUAAACUUCCGACUUCAACUGUAUAUGAAGUAUUACAAAAAUGAACAAUGUAUUUGAGCAACAAUAUUUAUAAACAUCCACACAAAAAAAAGAAUCAUACAUGAAAAAAUUAUACACACAAAAUAAAACAAACAAGCAACAAUUGAGACAUUAAAUAAAAAAAUUGUGGGAGCUGUUGUCUCUCUUAUAGUAUAGUAUGACAGGCCAGGACAUGCUCUGUAGCAAGGUCUACUGUCUCCACGUUUUCUCCUAGAAAAAACUAAAUACAUCUCCUCAACAGGCAGUUUAAGAAAUCCUGCAAUACGUUUUUCAAAUGUAAUGAGAUAAAUACCUCAGAUUGAAGCAUAUGUGGAGCCGUGAAGUAGGAAGAGCUGCUCAUCCUGUACUUCACCUGACCCACAAUGCUUACAAAGUCUUUCUUUUCUCUGCCUCUCAUGUUUGUUUUAUGGCAUCCUGUUGCCAGGCGAUCGGUCUGUACAUUGUUGAUGUCUUUGUUUGAAAUAUUGGAUUUUGACGAGGUGCUUGUGAUAAUUCGAUAUCUGUUUAGAAUUUUGUAAUAUUUAAGUUUGUUUUUAGAUAGAAUAUAGUUUUGCCAAUAAUUAGUGUAUGAAUUUUAGAUAGAGAUUUCUAUUUGUUUGAAUUUUGUUAUUGAUGGUUGAAUUGUUGAAUUUAGCUGGUGCUUUUGGGCCAGUUGCUCUGAAGGGUCAGUCUCUCUUGGGAUGAUAAUAUUCUGGAUUACAGUGUCCAGAAUCUCCUGAGUUCUACCUUACAGGCUAGGCUUGGGGAAUUUCUGUGCACACCUAGAAUAUUUUAGCUAAAUUCCAGUAAGGUGAGGCUUUUCUCUAGCUCUCUCUCUCCUUCCCUCUGUCUCUCAUUUUACAUUUUAGUCAUUUAGCAGAUGUUUUUAUUCCAGACCGACUUACAGGAGCAAAUAGGGUUGCUCAAGGGCACAUCGACAGAUUUUUCACCUAGUCGGCUCGGGGAUUCGAACCAGCGACCUUUCCAUAUCUGUUUAGAAUGGGCCUGCCGUCCCCAAUUUCAAAUGCUCUACAUUCUCAAUUAAGUAAGCAUUAUAUCACAAUAAUACUUUUUCAUGCCUCUUAAUAGGAAAGAGGAGACAACUGAAGAUUGCAACAAAAUAUGUAUUAUUACUCCCAUCUAUCACAUGCACUUAUGUUAGCUUUUUCAAAAACGUUAAAACUGGCAGCGAUGAUGUUGUCUCUCGCGCUGUCUCUCUCUUUCUCUCUCUCUCCCUAACUUUCUCUCUCUAACUCUCUAACUGUCUAUCUCGCUCUCUCCUCACCUUGUCUAACAGGUCUGCUAACUGUGCAGUUGAAAAUAAACGAUCACAGUUAACUCUGCACCUCUUAUAACCUCAUAUCUUACAUCACAUUGUCGUGUCAUGUUCCCCAGUGCACUCAAUUUAGACAAUGUCUCCAUCUACUGGAAUUAUACAGAACUGCUAUAAUUUAUCUGGCUUUCAGUAGGUGUUAGAGGGAUAAAGGAGUGAGUGACUGUGUGUGUGUGUGUGUGUGUGUGUGUGUGUGUGUGUGUGUGUGUGUGUGUGUGUGUGUGUGUGUGUGUGUGUGUGUGUGUGUGUGUACGACCAUCCAGGUAAAUGGCGUGGACCUGCGCAGCGCGGCCCACGAGGACGCCAUCACAGCCCUAAGGCAGACACCGGCCAAGGUGUGUCUUAAGGUUCUACGGGACGAGGCGCAGUAUCGCAACCAGGAAAACCUGGAUGUGUUCAGUGUGGAACUGCAGAAGAAGGCCGGCCGUGGCCUGGGCCUCAGUAUUGUCGGCAAGAGGUACAGUAGCAACUCACUGACACACACACACUCGGUGUGUCUUCAUAACAGAAGUUUCACCACAAGCAGGGAGUUUAAUGUGAACCAGCAAGAGGUGUAAGGAGGAUCUGUGCUGUAGCUAUUUUCUACACUCUUACCUGGAAUGAGUUGUCAGUAGUGUGCUUUGGUUACCUACACACUCUCCUUUCGAUGGCAAAGAUGAGAUCCAUUUUGAGCAUACGUACCCAUAGGAAUAAAUCAAAUAUUUUAAUUUGUAUGGUAGGAACGGCACGGGGGUGUUCAUCUCGGACGUGGUGAAAGGGGGCGCAGCCGAGCUGGAUGGCCGGCUAAUGCAGGGGGACCAGAUUAUCUCUGUCAACAGAGACGACAUGAGGCCGGCCUCGCAGGAGACGGUAGCUGCCAUUCUCAAGGUGAGGGGUGGGGGGGUGGAACGGACCUAAAGGCUCACCGUCACACCAAAAAACAACCACAUAGACUUGAUGUAUGAAAUGGCCUUCAGUCCAGUUUGAAUAAAACUGCCAUCAUAGACAAACACUCCGCAAUUACAAAAAAAACACAGUAAUCAAUCACCGUAAUCACAGACAAACAAAUAACUACAGCCUUCACAGACAAACAAAUAACUACAGCCUUCACAGACAAACAAAUAACUACAGCCUUCACAGACAAACAAAUAACUACAGACUUCACAGACAAACAAAUAACUACAGCCUUCACAGGCAAACGAAUAACUACUGCCUUCACAGACAAACAAAUAACUCCAGCCUUCACAGACAAUCAAAUAACUCCAGCUUUCACAGACAAACAAAUAACUCCAGCCUUCACAGACAAAAACAAAGAACUACACUAAAACAAAUAACAGCUUAUACUUGAAACACAUGAAAGUAACACAUCAAAGAACAUCCCUCUCACUGUCACAGUCCAAAACAAUAGAGAGCAAUAGUAAUGGAGUCUUUUUGUAGGCACUGUUCGUUGAACAAAGCCUAUGGGAAAAUUAAUGUUUUUGGAGGGUUUUUGGAUAAACGCCGAAAAUAAGGUCUGUGGUAAACACAGGUUUAGGAAAUAUUAUAUGCUUUGUUCUAUGAGAGAAUCUUAAUCAGCUAACGUCACUUUUUGUGAAUUUUUAUGCAUUUAUGUAAUAAUAAAAGCAGAUUUAGCAUAUAAAGGCUUCAUAAUUCAUAAAGGUCAUGUUAACUGACUUAUAUUAUCUCAUAGAACAAAAUGUAUAAGAUCUCCUAAGCCUGUGUUAACCUCAGACCUUAUUUAAGGCAUUUAUUCCAAAACCCUGUUCUUUUCCAAUUCAUUUUGCCCAUAGCAAUGGCUGACCGAACCAGAGGUAAAAUCAUUUCCGUUUUUUUGGACUACAAGCUGGCAAGCGCUCUAUACCAAGUCUGUCAGUAGCCACCAAACUCUUCUUCCUUCUUCCACAAGGGGUCACCAUUGGUACAGUUAUGUUCAAAGGCUGCAGUGCUCUCUAAUGAAGUGGUGUGUUUUAAGCUGCAUUGGUAGAGCUGAGGGGCUUUCUGGAUGCAGUUCUUUACAAUGUGGAGUCCCUCUGAAGUGGGUGCUUUGUGUGCCCAUGCUACAGUGAUGUACACUACGUUUACAGUGCCCUCACUGAGGUAUAUAGUAGCACCUUAUCCUGUGCACUUGACAAAUAAGGUUCUUUACAUGGGUUGGGUUGUGUCUAAAGUAGUGCACUAUGACUGAGUCCCAAAUGGCACUAGUGUAUGGAAUAGGUUACCAUUUAGGACGCGGCCUAUGAGAUGGAGACCCUGUAAGGUUGAAGUGCAUGUCCUGUCCUCAGUAGUAAACAUGGAAGUGGAGAUCCUACCAGGUUGCAGUUCUAUGCCAUCAGACAUUAGUGCACUAGGAAGUGGACACUGUAAGGUUAGUCCCUAGCUGCUCUGCUCAUGGUAGUUACGUGCUGUUGCGCUACCUGUGCCUCUGCAGUGUGCCAGGGGGGUGGUGCUCUUGGAGCUGGGCCGACUGAAGGCUGCCUCCUGGAUCUCUUCCAGACGCACCUCCCAGGGAAGCCAGGUGUGUGUGUGUGUGUGUGUGUGUGUGUGUGUGUGUGCGUGUGUGCGCCCAUUCUCACCCCCGCUGCAUGGGAGCUUGCAUGCAGAAGCUCAGUCAGCGACUGACCCUGGCUGCUGUGUCAUUAAUACUCCUGUCUCCCCUCCUUCUCCUCCUCUCUCCAUUCAUCAGUUGCAUGGAAGCCAAAAUGGCCGACUGAUGGACGUUUACCAGGUUCCUUCUGGUGUCACCUGUAUGUCACUCACUCACCCACCCAGCCAAACUCACUGCCACCGGGCAGCAAGCUGUGCAUGUGUGUGUGUUUUCUCCUGACUGGAUCAUAGCUCUGUUCCUCCUCCCUCCAGCAGAUGAGUCACGUCAGUGCCAGCAGCACAAUCGUCACGCCCCACCCCCCGCUAAACUCCACCCCCUCCACCUCUCAGCUCCUCAAUAACGUCAGGAAGCCAAUGACGGAGAGCAUGACGUCAUCACAGAGUGCAGGUAAAUUAGGACCAGACACAGACACAGACCCUUUCCACAGAAAGUAGGACCAGACCCUUUCCACAGAGAGGAGGACAAGACCCUUUCCACAGAAAGUAGGACCAGACCCUUUCCACAGAGAGGAGGACCAGACCCUUUCCACAGAGAGGAGGACAAGACCCUUUCCACAGAAAGUAGGACCAGACCCUUUCCACAGAGAGGAGGACCAGACCCUUUCCACAGAAAGUAGGACCAGACCCUUUCCACAGAGAGGAUUGACCAGACCCGGACCCUUCCCACAGACAGUGUAGAUGUUGGAAAAGGCUCAGAAACUGCCCUGUCAAUAGAAAUCCCAAUUAGUUCUGUGUGUAAUUCCCAUCCCCAUCUUUUUCCCUCUCUGGGUUUGUCGUAGCUGCAGAAACAGGGAUGCGCACUGUGGAGAUCACAAGGGUAAGUUGAGCUGUCUCCAGUUAUGUUUAGUUGGUUUAAACUACUCAUGAUAUGCUAAUUUAUAUUUAUAGACCAUACUGUAUACUCUGCCAAUUCAACUCUAGAAGCUUUAUUGGCAUGAAGAAUAUGACAACAAUCACAACAUCCUCUUCCUGAUAAUAGCAUUGACGAUCUCUCUCAGGGUCCUACUGAUGCGUUGGGGAUCAGUAUAGCUGGGGGGAAGGGCAGUCCUCUGGGGGAUAUCCCCAUCUUCCUGGCUAUGAUCCAGGCCAACGGGGUGGCAGCCAAGACGCACAGGCUCAAGGUGUGUGUGUCUGUGUGUGUGAGCCCACAUCACAGUGUCUUAGAAUCCCCUUACUGUUUGUGAUGGCUCACGCUGGCACAUGUGUGUGUGUGUGUGUGUGGGGGGGGGUGUGUGUGUGGGGGUGUGUCCUCCAGGUGGGUGAUAGAAUUGUGAGUAUCAACUCCCAGUCUCUGGAUGGCCUGUCCCAUGGGGAUGUGGUCACCAUGCUGAAGAAUGCCUACGGCAGCAUCAUUUUCCAGGUACACACACACACGCAUGGAACACAUACACACAGACACACAAUAUAUAUACACUACCAGUCAAAAGUUUGGUCACCUACUCAAUCAAGGUUUUUUCGUUAUUUGUACUAUUUUCUACAUUGUAGAAUAAUGGUGAAGACAUCAAAACAAUGAAAUAACACAUAUGGAAUCAUGUACAGUGGCUUGCGAAAGUAUUCACCCCUCUUGGCAUUUUUCCUAUUUUGUUGCCUUACAACCUGGAAUUAAAAUGGAUUUGUUGGAGGUUUGUAUCAUUUGAUUUACACAACAUGCCUACCACUUUGAAAAUGCAAAAUAUAUAUUUUUGUGAAACAACAAAGAAAUAAGACAAAAAAACAGAACUUGAGCGUGCAUAACUAUUCACCCCCCCAAAGUCAAUACUUUGUAGAGCCACCUUUUGCAGCAAUUACAGCUGCAAGUCUCUUGGGGUAUGUCUCUAUAAGUUUGGCACAUCUAGCCACUGGGACUUUUGCCCAUUCUUCAAGGCAAAACUGCUCCUUAACGUUGGAUGGGUUCCGCUGGUGUACAGCAAUCUUGUCACACCCUGGCUCUGGGACUCAUUAUGUUGAGCCAGGGUGUGUUUAUUUUAUGUGUUUAUUUCUAUGUUGGGGGUUCUAGUUUGUUGAUUUCUAUGUUUGCCUGAGUGACUCCCAAUCAGAGGCAACGAGUGUCAGCUGUUGGCUGGUUGUCUCUGAUUGGGAGCCAUAUUUAAACUGUCUGUUUUCCCUUUGUGUUGGUGGGUCGUUUCUUGUUUUGUAUUGAGUUUAAACUUUAACUAAUUAAAGUAUGUUUGUUCAUCACGCUGCGCCUUGGUCUGUUCCAUAUGACGAUCGUGACAGAAAAACCCACCAUGCAACGACCAAGCAGCGUGUCCAGGGGCAGCUCUUGGGCUGGACAUGGGAGGAAGCGCCGGGAGAAGAGAAGGUGGAGGCGCGCCGUAGAGAGGAGCAACGGCGUGAUCAGGGUCGUCGUCGGGCGGUCGAGAGGCAACCCCAGAAAUUUUUUAGGGGGGGGCACACGGCAUGGACGACGGGGCUGACGGAGGCAAAAAAGGGGCGGAUUCUGGAGGCCACCAGGUUACGGAUACACCGCCCUGUACGUCCUGUGCGGAUGCCUCACACAGAGUGUGUGAGGGUAGGCAUUCAGCCAGGACGGGUUGUGGCCGCUCUUCACUCCAGGGCUCCUAUCCGUCUCCACAGCCCGGUUCGGCCUGUCCCUGCUCCACGCACUAAGCCUACAGUGUGCGUCGCCAGCCCAGUCCGGCCAGUCCCUGCUCCACGCACCAAGCCUACGGUGUGCGUCGACAGCCCAGCCCGGCCUGUCCCUGCUCCACGCACCAAGCCUACGGUGUGCGUCGCCAGCCCGGUCCGGCCUGUCCCUGCUCCACGAACCAAGCCUACGGUGUGCGUCGCCAGCCCAGUCCGGCCUGUCCCUGCUCCACGCACCAAGUCUACGGUGCGCGUCGCCAGCCCGGCCCGGCCUGUUCCUGCCACUCGCACCAAGUAUACGGUGCGCGUCGCCAGCCCGGCCCGGCCUGUUCCUGCCACUCGCACCAAGUCUACGGUGCACGUCGCCAGCCCGGCCCGGCCUGUUCCUGCCACUCGCACCAAGUAUACGGUGCGCGUCGCCAGCCCGGCCCGGCCUGUUCCUGCCACUCGCACCAAGUAUACGGUGCGCGUCGCCAGCCCGGCCCGGCCUGUUCCUGCCACUCGCACCAAGUCUACGGUGCGCGUCGCCAGCCCGGCCCGGCCUGUUCCUGCCACUCGCACCAAGCCAGGGGUGCGAGUCGUCAGCCUGGUAAAGGCCCGUCCCUCCUCCACGCACCAAGCCAGGGGUGCGAGUCGUCAGCAUGGUAAGGCCCGUCCCUCCUCCACGCACCAAGCCAGGGGUGCGCGUCGUCAGCCUGGUAAGGCCCGUUCCUCCUCCACGCACCAAGCCAGGGGUGCGCGUCGUCAGUCCAGCACAACCCGUGCCUGGGUCACCGGUGCCUGGUAAGGUACCGGUCAACUGCUCCACUAUGGAGCUGAAGCUAACCGCUCCUGCUAAGUCCAGUUCGGCUCCAGCCGGCGGGGCCAGACUGGACCAGGGCGCUAUGGGGGGUGUAUUGGAGGGUGGUGGUCAAGGCCGGAGCCAGAACCGCCGCCGAGGAGGUAUGCCCGCCCAGCCCUCCCCUGUUUUGUUUAGUUGAGGCGCGGUCGCAGUCCGCGCCUUUAGGGGGGGGGGUACUGUCACACCCUGGCUCUGGGACUCAUUAUGUUGAGCCAGGGUGUGUUUAUUCUAUGUGUUUAUUUCUAUGUUGGGGGUUCUAGUUUGUUGAUUUCUAUGUUUGCCUGAGUGACUCCCAAUCAGAGGCAACGAGUGUCAGCUGUUGGCUGGUUGUCUCUGAUUGGGAGCCAUAUUUAAACUGUCUGUUUUUCCCUUUGUGUUGGUGGGUUUUUGUUCCGUGUUCGGUCAUUGAUACCGUUGGACGUCACGGGUCGUUUCUUGUUUUGUAUUGAGUUUAAACUUUAACUAAUUAAAAUAUGUUUGUUCAUCACGCUGCGCCUUGGUCUGUUCCAUAUGACGAUCGUGACAAAUCUUUAAGUUAUACCACAGAUUCUCAAUUGGAUUGAGGUCUGGGCUUUGACUAGGCCAUUCCAAGACAUUUAAAUAUUUCCCCUUAAACCACUUGAGUGUUGCUUUAGCAGUAUGCAUAGGGUCAUUGUCCUGCUGAAAGGUGAACCUCCGUCCCAGUCUCAAAUCUCUGGAAGACUGAAACAGGUUUCCCUCAAGAAUUUCCCUGUAUUUAGCGCCAUCCAUCAUUCCUUCAAUUCUGACCAGUUUCACAGUCCCAGCUGAUGGAAAAACAUCCCCACAGCAUGAUGCUGCCACCACCAUGCUUCACUGUGAGGAUGGUGUUCUCGGGGUGAUGAGUAGUGGUGGGUUUGUGCCAGACAGCGUUUUCCUUGAUGGCCAAAAAGCUCAAUUUUAGUCUCAUCUGACCAGAGUACCUUCUUCCAUAUGUUUGGGGAGUCUUCCACAUGCCUUUUGGCGAACACCAAACGUGUUUGCUUAUUUUAUUCUUUGAUCAAUGGCUUUUUUCAACCCAGCUCUGUGGAGUGUACGGCUUAAAGUGGUCCUAUGGACAGAUACUCCAAUCACUGCUGUGGAGAUUUGCAGCUCCUACAGGGUUAUCUUUGGUCUCUUUGUUGCCUCUCUGAUUAAUGCCCUCCUUGCCUGGUCCGUGAGUUUUGGUGGGCGGCCCUCUCUUGGCAGGUUUGUUGUGGUUCAAUUUUUUAAUAAUGGAUUUAAUGUUGCUCUGUGGGAUGUUCAAAGUUACGGAUAUUUUUUUAUAACCCAACCCUGAUCUGUACUUCUCCACAACUUUGUCCCUGACCUGUUUGGAGAGCUCCUUGGGCUUCAGGGUGCCGCUUGCUUGGCGGUGCCCCUUGCUUAGUGUUGUUGCAGACUCUGGGGCCUUUCAGAACAGGUGUGUAUAUAUACUGAGAUCAUGUGACAGAUCAUGUGAAACUUAGAUUGCUCGUAGGUGGACUUUAUUUAAAUAAUUAUCUGACUUUUGAAGGUAUUUGGUUGCACCAGAUCUUAUUUAGGGGCUUCAUAGCAAAGGGGGUGAAUACAUAUGCACGCACCACUUUUCCGUUAUUUAUUUUAUAGAAUUCUUUGAAACAAGUAAUUUUUUUCAUUUCACUUCACCAAUUUCCACUAUUUUGUGUAUGUGCAUUACAUGAAAUCCAAACUAAAAUCAAUUUAAAUUACAGGUUGUAAUGCAACAAAAUAGAAAAAACGGCAAGAGGGAUGAAUACUUUUCCAAGGCGCUGUAGUAACCAAAAAAGUGUUAAACAAAUCAAAAUAUAUUUUAUAUUUGUGAUUCUUCAAAGUAGCCACCCUUUGCCUUCAUGACAGCUUUCCACAUUCUCUCAACCACCUUCAUGAGGUAAUCACCUGGAUUGCAUUUCAGUUAACAGGUGUGCCUUGUUAAAAGUUAAUUUGUGCAAUUUCUUUCCUUCUUAAUGCGUUUAAGCUAAUCAGUUGUGUUGUGACAAGGUAGGGGUGGUAUACAGAAGAUAUCCCUAUUUUGUAAAAGACUAAGAACAGCUAAAAUAAGCAAAGAGAAACGAAAGUCCAUCAUUACUUUAAGACAUGAAGGUCAGUCAAUGCGGAAAAUUACAAGAACUUUGAAAGUUUCUUCAAGUGCAGUCGCAAAAACCAUCAAGCGCUAUGAUGAAACUGGCUCUCAUGAGGACCGCCACAAGAAAGGAAGACCCAGAGUUACCUCUGCUGCAGAGGAUAAGUUAAUUAGAGUUACCAGCCUCAGAAAUUGCAGCCCAAAUAAAUGCUUCACAGAGUUCAAGUAACAGACACAUCUCAACUGUUCAGAAGAGACUGCGUGAAUCAGAUCUUCAUGGUCGAAUUGCUGCAAAGAAACCACUACUAAAGACAUCAAUAAAAAGAAGAGACUUGCUUGAGCCAAGAAACACAAGCAAUGGACAUUAGACCGGUGGAAAUCUGUCCUUUGGUCUGAUGAGUCCAAAUUUGAGAUUUUUGGUUCCAACCGCUGUGUCUUUUUGAGACGCAGAGUAGAUGAACAGAUGAUCUCUGCAUGUGUAGUUCCCACCCUGAAGCAUAGAGGAGGAGGUGUGAUGGUGUGGGGGUGCUUUGCUGGUGAUACUGUUGGUGAUUUAUUUAGAAUUCAAGGCACAGUUAACCAGCAUGGCUACCACAGCAUUCUGCAGCGAUACGCCAUCCCAUCUGGUUUGCACUUGUUUUUCAACAGGACAAUGACCCAACACACCUCUAGGCUGUGUAAGGCGGCUAUUUGACCAAGAAGGAGAGUGAUGGAGUGCUGCAUCAGAUGACCUGACCUCCACAAUCACCCGACCUCAACCCAAUUGAGAUGGUUUGAGAUUAGUUGGACCGCAGAGUGAAGGAAAAGCAGCCAACAAGUACUCAGCAUAUGUGGGAACUCCUUCAAGACUGUUGGAAAAGCAUUCCAGGUGAAGCUGGUUGAGAGAAUGCCAAGAGUGUGCAAAGCUUUCAUCAAGGCAAAGGGUGGCUACUUUGAAGAAUCUCAAUAAUAAAAAUAUUUUGAUUUGUUUAACACAUUUUUGGUUAUUACAUGAUUCCAAUAUGGUGUUAUUUCAUAGUUUUGAUGUCUUCACUAUUAUUCUACUAUGUAGAAAAUAGUAAAAAUAAAGAAAAACCCUUGAAUGAGUAGGUGUGUCCAAACUUUUGACUUGUACUGUAUAUACAGCGCAUUCGGAAAGUAUUCAGACCCCUUGACUUUUUCGACAUUUUGUUACGUGACACCUUUGGCAGCGAUUAUUGAGUCUUCAUGGGUAUGAUGCUACAAGCUUGGCACACCCCUAUUUGGGAGUUUCUCCCAUUCUUCUCUGCAGAUCCUCUCAAGCUCUGUCAGGUUGGAUGGGGAGCGUCACUGCACAGCUAUUUUCAUGUCUCUCCAGAGAUGUUUGAUCGGGUUCAAGUCCGGGCUCUGGCUGGGCCACUCAAGGACAUUCAGAGACUUGUCCAGAAGCCACUCCUGCGUUGUCUUGGUUGUGUGCUUAGGGUCGUUGUCCUGUUAGAAGGUGAACCUUCGCCCCAGUCUGAGUCUUUCCCUUGAUCCUGACUAGACUCCCAGUCCCUGCCGCUGAAAAUAUCCCCACAGCAUGAUGCUGCCACCACCAUGCUUCACCGUAGGGAUGGUGCCAGGUUUCCUCCAGACGUGACACUUGGCAUUCAGGCCAAUGAGUUCAAUCUUGGUUUCAUCAGACCAGAGAAUCUUGUUUCUCAUGGUCUGACAGUCUUUAGGUGCCUUUUGGCAAACUCCAAGCGGGCUGUCAUGUGCCUUUUACUGAAGAGUGGCUUCUGUCUGGCCACUCUAUCAUAAAGGCCUGAUUGGUGGAGUGCUGCAGAGAUGGUUGUCCUUCUGGAAGGUUCUCCCAUCUCAAAAGAGGAACUCUAGAGCUCUGUCAGAGUGACCAUUGGGUUCUUGGUCACCUCCCUGACCAAGGCCCUUCUCCCCCGAUUGCUCAGUUUGGCCGGGUGGCCAUCUCUAGGAAGAGUCUUGGUGGUUCCGAACGUAUUCCAUUUAAGAAUGAUGGAGGCCACUGAGUUCUUGGAGACCUUCAAUGUUUUGGUACCCUUCCCCAGAUCUGUGCCUCAACACAAUCCUGUCUCGGAGCUCUACGGACAGUUCCUUCGACCUCAUGGCUUGGUUUUUGCUCAUGCACUGUCAACUGUUGGACCUUAUAUAGACAGUUGUGUGCCUUUCCAAAUCAUGUCCAAUCAAUUGAAUUUACCACAGGUGGACUCCAAUCAAGUUGUAGAAACAUCUCAAGGAUUAUCAAUGGAAACAAGAUGCACAUGAGCUCAAUUUCGAGUCUCAUAGCAAAGGGUCUGAAUACUUAUGUAAAUAAGGUAUUUCUGUUUUUUAUUUUUAAUAAAUGUGCUAAAAUUUCAAGAACCUGUUUUCUCCGUCAUUAUAGGGUAUCGUGUGUAGAUUGAUGAGGGAAAAAAAUAAUUAAAACCUUUUUAGAAUAAGGCUGUAACGUACCAAAAUGUGGGGUCUGAAUACUUUCCGAAUGCACUGUACACACACACACACACACAUCUCUGUAUGGUCAAAUGAAGUAUCAGUUAUCAAACGUAAUGACACCCAUCACCCAAUGUAACCAUAUUAUGCUUUUUACUUGCCUAUUAUUUUACAUCCAUCAAAUAAAUGUUUUCUGAUAAGAUAUGUAAAUAAAAUCAUUUUUUAAAAUAUACAUUCUUGAAAAACUGAACUGCAUGUGUAUGUGUUUAGCAGUGUGUGUACUGUGUGUACCGUAUGUGUGUGCAUUAGAAGAUACUGCUGUGUGUGUGUGUCCAGCAUGUUGCAGCCGGCUGGCAGUUUUGCCAGAUAAUAUCAGGCCUUUAUGCUAAUGCUGCUUUAUCAGUCCGGCUCCAGGAGCCUCAGCACUGGACUGUUAGACUGGGCUGUUAGACUGGGCUGCUAGUCUGGACUGUUAGACUGGACUGUUAGUCUGGGCUGUUAGACUGGACUGUUAGACUGGACUGUUAGACUGGGCUGCUAGUCUGGACUGUUAGUCUGGGCUGUUAGUCUGGACUGUUAGACUGGAAUGUUAGACUGGGCUGUUAGUCUGGACUGUUAGUCUGGACUGUUAGACUGGGCUGUUAGACUGGACUGUUAGACUGGGCUGUUAGUCUGGGCUGCUAGUCUGGACUGUUAGUCUGGGCUGUUAGUCUGGACUGUUAGACUGGAAUGUUAGACUGGGCUGUUAGUCUGGACUGUUAGUCUGGACUGUUAGACUGGGCUGUUAGACUGGGCUGUUAGACUGGGCUGUUAGUCUGGACUGUUAGACUGGGCUAGCCCUGCUGCCUGGUGCUGAUUACACCACACACACACCACCCAGGACACCCAGCAAUUACUGUCUGACUCGAUCUCUCUCUGCCCCCUCUUACGUUCUUGUUCGCAACUUUGGUCUGGAAUCCUUAGUGGUCAAACUGCCACGUCCGUUUGCGAUAUUACAACAACAAAGAAGUUACUGCAAACAAGAAAACACAGUUUUUCCCCCUCUGACAUCACUGCAACACGUCAGAACAGCAGGAUAUGUACUGCCAUGGUGGUGGGGUGGCCAGUGGUGCGGUUUCCCCCUGCUGGGGAUUCCAUCUAACAAAGGAAGAGAACAUUCUCUCUCUCUCUCUCUCUCUCUCUCUCUCUCUUCCCCUUCUCUCUCUACAAUCCACUCUCUCUCUCUCUCUCUCUCUCUCUCUCUCUCUCGCUCUCUCUCUCUCUCUCUCUCUCUACCCCUACCCUCCCCCUCUUUCUCUCCCUCCUCCUAUCUCUCCCUCCACCUCUCUCUCCAUAAAGAAGGUGUGUCUGUAAGAUAAGUGCAGGCGAUGGCUUGGAAGCGUUCCACUAACGUUCCCUCCGCAGCCCACCAGUCGUCCGUUAAUCGUCCAUUAAUUAACCUUUGUUGUUGUUUUCAUAUUUUUAAUUGCCUCUCGGUUGAUUAAAUAUGGAAAUGAACAGAUGCUGACAGACCGUCGCCACCCUCAAUAGGUGGCUGACUGAAUAUUUCAUUUUAAAAAGAAAACUAAAGGGGGGGGGGGGGGGGGGGGGUGUAAAAGAGAGAGAGGAGUGAUAAAUGAUUGCUACAUUAGGCCUUUGUGUGGCUGUGAUCCAGGACCUGUCUGUAGUAAAAUCCAUUCUUCAGUAAUUCUAUUCAGCCAUGAAGGAUGUUAAAGGUUUCAAAUAGGGGGGUGAUUUUAAACACAAAUCGCAUGUACGUUGAUAUGAUAUACACUGACAGUCAUCCUUGUCUACAACACACACACACACAGACACACACAUGCACAGAUCAUGCCUUGUUAAUAAUAAUUGAAAAACUUGACACGUGCAUUGUUUUGUCUCCUGUCAUUUGUGCAUACUAAUCUGUGUGUGUGUGUGUGUGUGUGUUUUAAAGGUGAUCGCUGACACCAACAUCAGUGCUAUAGCCAGUCAGGUGGAGAGUAUGUCGACUAGCAGCAGCCCCGAGACACAGCCAGGGGAGCCAGAGUAAGUCGGACUCAUUUUCUCUUAGACACUGAUCUGAGGUCAGUUUUGUGCCUUCUCCCCUAAAGGUUAAAGGAACAAAAAGCAGUCACCCAGCCACUUGUUUGAUAAACAGCUGAGGGCUAGGGCUGGAGAAAUGUAACCGCUCCCAAAUUCAUAGACCGAGCAAUGGAUGCAUGAGAUCAAAAUAAUAGUUUUUUCCCAGUUUUGAAGCUAUACAGUGCUUGUUUUACAAUUUGAUGCUCUCUGCAGAGCCCCCAAGCCAAAGAGUAUCUGCCUGGAGAAGGGUUCUGACGGCCUGGGCUUCAGCAUCGUAGGAGGCUUCGGAAGCCCUCAUGGAGACCUGCCCAUCUACAUCAAGACUGUCUUCAGCAAGGUAACCAUCUGUAGCUCUGCACCAUCACACACAUGCAGGGUAAUGUGACUUGUACUGAUUUCCCCUCUGGGACAUUAGAUGGCAGCAGAUUCCCUCCCCCACACACACACACACACACAAACAGAUCAGUGAUUACUUAAAAGGGAGGAAGGAUCAUAAGGUUGCAUUUAAAAAUACUGUAACAAGGCCAAUUUUCUUAUUUCCACCACUUUGCGUGUGUGUGUCUGUGUGUGUUCCCCUGUUGUCGCUGCAGGGGGCAGCAGCAGUGGACGGGCGUCUGAAGAGGGGCGACCAGAUCUUGUCUGUGAACGGAGAGAGUCUGGAAGGGACCACACACGAGCUGGCUGUGGCCAUAUUGAAGAGACAGAGAGGGGCCGUCACCCUGGAAGUGCUGUCCUAG